AUGCCUUCCACCACCUUCCCCCAGACCCAUGCUUCCGUCCCCCUGUUCGACCCCGCCGCGGUCUUGCGCAAGAAAGCAGCGCUUCCGCUCCCUCAGCCAGCUGAAACCCGGUCGUUGUCAGAAGCCGCCCAGCUGCUCGCCAAGUUCAUCGAGGCUCACCGAGCCCUCGACGGCUACAAGGACGGCCUUCCCGUUGUCGUUGACGGCGAAACGGUGUCGAUCUCGGCGGUUGCCGCCGUCGCCCGCUAUGGAGCCAGCGUGGUGCUCGACGAUUCGGCCGACAUUCAGACCCGUGUGCUCAAGAGCCGCCAGGUCAUUGUCGACAAGGUCAACAGCCAGAAGAGCGUAUACGGGGUCAGCACCGGCUUCGGCGGUAGUGCUGAUACACGUACAAAUGACCCGCUGGCUCUUGGCAUGGCCCUGUUCCAGCAUCAGCACUCUGGAGUGCUCCCAUCAGACUGCGAGUCUGCGCCCGUCGCUCUCCCGCUCCUGGACCCUCUCACAUCCACGAGCAUGCCCGAGUCCUGGGUCCGUGGUGCGAUAUUGAUCCGCAUGAACUCCCUCAUCCGCGGACACUCCGGUGUACGCUGGGAGCUGAUCGAGCGCAUGGGCGCCCUCCUCCGUGAGAACAUCGUUCCCCUCGUCCCGCUGCGGGGCAGCAUCUCUGCAUCUGGAGACCUGUCUCCCCUUUCAUACAUCGCCGGAACUCUGAUCGGCAACCCCUCCAUUCGCGUGUUCGAUGGGGCCUCCACCUUCCGUGGCCGCCGUAUUGUCUCUUCCCGUGAGGCACUCGCCGCACAUCACCUCGAGCCCCUCGUCCUUGGGUCCAAGGAACAUCUGGGCAUCCUCAACGGCACCGCGUUCUCCGCAUCGGUAGGCGCGCUCGCCGUCCAUGAGGCCGUCCACAUGGCCCUCCUCGCGCAAAUCUGCACUGCGAUGUGCACAGAGGCGAUGCUUGGCGCGCGCGGAUCCUUCGCGCCCUUCAUCCACGCCGUCGCGCGCCCGCACCCCGGCCAGGUGGAGGUCGCGGAGACGAUCUUGGACCUUCUUGAGGGCUCGAAGUUCGCAGUGACGGCAGAGGAGGAGAAGCACAUUUCCGCGGACAUCGGCGAGCUCCGCCAGGACCGUUACCCGCUCCGGACGUCCGCGCAGUUCAUCGGCCCGCAGGUGGAGGACAUCCUCUCGGCCUUCGCGACCAUCACCGUGGAGUGCAACUCCACCACCGACAACCCGCUCGUUGACGGCGAGUCUGGCGAAGUCUACCACGGCGGUAACUUCCAGGCGAUGUCGGUGACGAACGCGAUGGAGAAGACGCGGCUCGCCAUGCACCACCUCGGCAAACUCCUCUUCGCGCAGUGUACGGAGCUGAUCAACCCCGCAAUGAACCGCGGGCUGCCGCCCAACCUCGCCGCGACGGACCCGUCGCACAACUACUUCGCGAAGGGCAUCGACAUCCACACCGCGGCGUACGUCGGCGAGCUCGGCUACCUCGCGAACCCGGUCUCGACGCACAUCCAGUCUGCGGAGAUGCACAACCAGGCGGUCAACUCUCUUGCGCUCAUCUCCGCCCGCGCCACGCUCUCCGCUCUCGAGGUGCUCUCGCUCCUCGUCGCGAGCUUCCUGCACGCGCUCUGCCAGGCGCUCGACCUCCGCGCGCUCCAGCACGAGUUCGAGCUUGAAGUCGAAGACAUCCUCCGCGACCAGCUCGCGCUCUCCUUCGAGGCGCACCUCUCCGACGAGCACCUCUCCGCGCUCGCGCCCGUCCUCUUCCUCCAGAUCCAGCGCUCGCUCGAGACGACGAGCACGAUGGACGCCGCGCUCCGCAUGCGCACCGUCGCCGCGUCGCUCACGACCCCGCUCGUCGACUUCUGCGCCGUGCAGGAGGACGGUGGCAUCACGGCGCUCGGCGCGCUGCUCCCCUUCCGCGCGGCGCUCGCCGAGCGCAUGACCGCCGCCCUCGCGCCGGCGAGCGAGUACAUCGGCAAGAGCCGCGCGGUGUACGAGUUCGUGCGGGUGACGCUCGGCAUCCGCAUGCACGGCUCGGAGAACCUGCACAACUUCGAGAUGGGUCCCGGCGUCGAGGACCCCACGGUCGGCCAGGAUAUCUCUUUGAUCCACGAGGCGAUCCGGGAUGGCAAGAUGCAGGAUGUGGUUGUUGGGCUGUUUGCAUGA